ACGUUGCCUUCCUUUCGUUUUUCAUUUAUAUUCUUUGACUUUCUCAAAAUUUUAAGUGUUGAAUGUAGCCUACCUCUGAUCCAUAUGUAAAAAUGUGACAUUCGCAACAACAAAUCGUUCAGUAAUAAAUAUUAUAUAGCAGUCGUUGUGUGUGAUCAUUGUAUGAUCUCCCGAUAAAUGUUUGAUAAGUCGCGUAAACAGUUUAUCCAAUACAGGGUGAUGUUAGUUCUACCUGCCUGUCAAUUAAAUUACUCAGUUCAAAAUUAUUUCGAAAGUCAAGGUGUGCCCACAAAUUUGACAGAGGACUAAAAUGAACAACUGUUUAAUUUUGUUUGAUAUUACACCUUUCAAAUCCAUGUCUUAGAUUCCUUUCUGGUGGUACCUUAAGAGCUGCCAAGCGUUUAUUCUCUUUUAUGUGGUGUUUGAUUAUUGAUUGGCACGGCGCAUUAAAGGCGAACCAGGGCGCCCCAUACAGCGACCUGAAAGGAUGAGAAGCGCUGGAACGAUGAGACUCCAGUAACUUCUGAGUGACCUCAGCAUCACAAAGACCCUCUCCAUCAAUUGUCUACGGUCUCUAUGCGCUUUUUUUUGUGCCUUGGGCGUUUAUACCUUUUGUCUUGUUCUGUUUUGUUUUGAACUGUCAAAAUCCUUGGACUGAGUUUGAUUUACCUUAGUUGACUAUUGUUUUUCCCUAUGGACCACACCGCAUGCACAUACCUGUGAUAAAUAAUGUUUUAUUCGUUCAUGUCAUAUCGUUGCAUGUACAAUCCCAAGGGAUCGCGCACCGACAAUCCUCACUGGUCACCGGGUCUAUAUACGCGAAAAGAAACGUUUUUAAGUUUUUAGACGCGAAAUGUCAAGAAAAUCCAUGUCUGCUCACUGGCCAUUGGAUCAAUUUAAUUGACUAUUGUAGUUAUUUUAAUUGAGGGAUGACGUUAAGUUUGCAGAAUCCGCUACUAGGUGUGCACAGCUGCUUCUCUGUUGAUGGAGCCUCUACAACUCGAUUGGCCAAGCCGGUCACAUGGGUGCCUAACUUUAUUCAGUUGACAGCAAGUAGGAGGGCUUUAUGGAGGGAGGAAAAAAAGACAACUCGAGAAAAAUUAGUAUUUUCUACCUUCAGAAAUUAAUGGCCAUGAGUUCGUACAUGGUGAACUCCAAGUAUGUGGAUCCUAAAUUUCCUCCUUGUGAGGAAUAUUCUCAGAACAGCUAUAUACCUGAACAAAGUCCAAGCUACUACAGUACAUCGCAGGACACAGAUUUCCAGCAUCCCGGGAUCUAUUCACGGUCAAACUACUCUGAACAGCCUUAUAGCUGUACCACUGUCCAGAGCUCGUCGGUACCGCCGCGGGGUCAUGUGCAGGAUCAAGCCAGCCACCCCAGCCCUUUCCCCGCACAGACAGAGCAAUGUCCGACGGUCCAGAUAUCCGGACCUAAGACGUGUGGUCAACAACAGAACACAAAGAGCCAGAAUGGGAUAGCCAAGCAGCCUGCAGUAGUUUACCCAUGGAUGAAGAAAGUGCACGUUACAACGGUGAACCCGGAUUACACAGGACCCGAACCCAAACGCUCUCGGACAGCCUACACAAGACAGCAGGUCCUCGAACUAGAAAAGGAAUUUCAUUUUAACAGGUAUCUUACAAGACGGCGUCGCAUCGAGAUCGCGCACACCCUCUGUCUCUCAGAACGACAGAUAAAAAUCUGGUUUCAAAACAGAAGAAUGAAAUGGAAAAAAGACCACAAACUACCUAAUACGAAAGGAAGAUCGGCUUCAUCUGGAAAUCAGCAUGUACAACACGCUCAGAAGGUCAACCAGACGGAGAUCACAACUUUAUAAGUGGAUAUCUCGCUCUCCCUCCCUUCAGAUGUACAGAUGAACUGUAUGUAAUAGACAAUGUUUCUUUUGACUUUGCAUGGUAGCAAAACAUGACAUGUUGGUCACAAGUGCCAAAAACUGAGAAACAGAAGCACACACCGUGACUUAAUGAAGUGUACAGGACUGCUGUGCGUUUAAAACACCAAUCUCAAUUCUUCUACAUUGUAACUCUUUGUAACUGAGGCAAAGAGGAUAUAAGGCAUCGAACGAUGAGGUACAGUAAAACGACAAACAGCUCAACGUUUUUUACACAAACUUGCCAAAUUUAUGGUUCGUUCUAGUGACACUUUUCACAUGUAAUAAAUUCUUUCUGUAUUUUAAUCACACUUCUCCUCUUUUAAUGCCCACGGCGCGUCCAUCUAUCUUAACUUAAUUCUGAAAGAGAGUUUAAGGAAGGUUAUGUCCAGCAUUUAUAAAAUCACAAAUGUAUUUCGUGUUUUUUUUUACAUUCUAAAUCGGUGCAGACAAAUAGAAAAUAAAAUUUGUUCACUUUAAUAAAUGA